AACCAUCACUAGCAGUGACCCCUUUAACUUAUAAAAUGUUCUCAAAGAUCCUAUAAAUAGCCACAUGCCUAAUUUUAAACAUAAGCAGUCUCCUGUGCUAAGUGUUAAGCUUGUGUGUAGCUGUUAUUAGAACUGGGGCCAGAAAGGUUAGUUCAUACUUUGCAGACACAGUUCCUGGUCUCAGAUGCGGUUCAGUCUUUCAGAAAGCUCUGCUGAUGGUGGGGUUGUGUUUUCAGGCUCUGCUGGCUCCUGCCAGCAGUGCCCAGCCCUGCAGCUCUUGGUGCUCCAAGCCAGGCAGGUCAGGAAGAGGCGCUUGUUAAGCCUUGCCACUCGGCAAUGCUUUCGAUAGCGAGAUCUGAUUAUGAUGUGAUCUGCUUACCCAGAGAUGAACCUUGGCUAGGGCUCCUGCUCUCUGCGCCACAGCCAGGACUUGGGGAAGCUGCUGGUGUCUUGCAAGCGCUGGAAUGUUUUGGGGACCCAAACACCAGAGGCAGUGAAGCUGAUUUUAGCUCUUCAAGCAGCACAGGCAGUAUUUCAGCACCUGAAGUCCAUAUGUCAGCUGCUGGAAGCAAGAGAUCUUCUUUUUCUCGCAAUCGUGGUCCUUAUGGUCGGAAUAAUGGAUCCUUAUCCUACAAGUCUGGAGCCAGUCCACCUGCUUCACACGGCAAGGACGCUUCAUCAACACUGUGCAAAAACCAUCUGAGUCCUGCUAACAUCCAUCAGAGUUAUAGAGCUUCUUCAGCCAGCAGCAGCAACUCAGGCUCAUACAAAGGAAGUGACAGCAGUCCAGUGAUGAGACGAUCAGGGAGAUACAAUUCUUGUGGUGACAAUCACAGCAUUAAGCCACAAAAUCCAGAGCAAUAUUUGACUCCUCUGCAGCAGAAAGAAGUGGCAGUACGGCAUUUGAAAACCAAGCUGAAGGAAUCUGAAAGCAAACUUAAAGAAAGGGAAACAGAAAUAGAAGAGCUUAAAGCUCAACUGGGACGAAUGAGGGAAGACUGGAUUGAGGAAGAGUGCAAUCGUGUGGAGGCAGAGCUGGCCUUAAAGGAAGCAAGAAGUGAAAUUAAACAACUUAAGCAGGUUAUUGAAAGCAUGAAAAACAGCUUGGCUGAGAAAGACAAAAAAAUUCAGAAAUACUUCGUAGACAUAAACAUUCAAAACAAGAAACUGGAAUCUUUGCUGCAGAGCAUGGAGAUGGCUCAGGACCACUCUGUGAGGGAUGAGCAGAGCCUGGAGUACACGAGCGACUCGGAGGGGAAGCUGUUAGCACUGUGUGCCACCCUGCCAGACAGCCCCGUCACAGAGGACCAGGGUCUGGAGGAGGUGGCAGACAGUGAUCUGCUCCUUAGUGAGGACAGAGCUAACGGGACUGACUCAUCUGGAGAGAGUUUGAUCGCCACAGCCUCUGAGUUGAGUGAUCCAGCUCCCUUCGGUGCUGCUGUAAAUAAAGAGAUGCUUGAAAUCAUUCUGGAUGGAAAACUAACUUAUUGCCAGGAGGGAGAAAAAAGCAACAUGACAGUGGAACAGGCCAUCCAGACUGACGUGGUGCCAUAUAGCUUAGAUGUGGAGCAGCUCAUUCAAAACAUCUUCAGAGCUCAAGACACCUGUCCUCUAAGCCCACCUUCUUCACUGAAGGAAUUGGGUGAAUUUUCUCUUGGAAGCUUCAGUGAUUCUGGUAUCAUAGUGGACUUAACUCCAAGUGAUCCCAAUUCUGCCAUCCUUUUGUCUCCUAUGGAGUCUCCAUGCAGAAAGGUGGAGCACAGAGUUAAUGAAAACCGUUUCAUGAAAGAACUUGAUUUUACAGAAACUCAUGAUGAUGAAGCCUUUGAGUAUGUUAAUGCAGGAAUAAAGAGGAGAUACUGGAGCAGCAGUCUCCUUGGGGAUCUUCUGGCUGUAGCAGCCCCUGUUGUACCAACUAUUGUGUGGGCUUUGAGUACUCAGAGAGGAGGAACAGAUCCUAUUUACAAUAUUGGAGCAUUGCUUCGUGGUUGCUGCCUGGUGGCCCUGCACUCUUUACGCCGAACACCCUUCAGUAUCAAAACCUAAAGUCUACUCUGUCCCUGGGCACCAACUGGCUGAGGCAAAGAGGGAUGAGAUAGAUCAUAAAAAGCUACUGUAUAUUCUGGCAGAGUCCAUCACUUGGUUUCGACUAUUUGAUUUGCACUAUAGAUCAGUUCAAAAACAUGUUGUUUCAAAAAAAAAAAAAAAUAAGCUAAACCUUGUACUUCCACAAGAUGUUUUUAACAGUACUGCUGCUUACAGAAAUAGUCCUCCUGCUGGCAGGCACCAUGUCCCUCCCCUGUCCUGGUGACUUUCUCAUGCCAGCACAUCUGCACAGUGAACAUAACCAGGGAAAUCAGGAAUUCGAGCCUAUUGCUCUUUCCUGUUCCACUGCUGAGCUAGGAUUGAACUCAGUCACUCUCCCUGGAUGGUUCACUGAGCAAAUGUACAGGCACUUUGCACUGGCUCAAGGGUAGUAUGAGAUGGAGGGAAAAAAUGGCCAGGGAAAGGUGGGGUAUUUCUCUAGACAGCACUAACCUUCCCUUAGGGUAUCACACCUGUGCUCCAGAAAGCAUGCUAACGCUUUCCAUUUGUUGUUCCGAGUGUCAAUUCAAUUUAGAGGUAAAACCUGUAUUCCCCAGGCAGCUUCCAGCACAUCGUUCGUGCCUGUCUCAUGUAGUGCUCUUCUCAAUUGUGCAAUUGCUUGAGCAUUUCACUGGUCUUGUGCGUAUACAGGGACUGUAACCAAAAAUGUACAUUGUUGGGAGUCUUAACACUUGUUACAGUGAUAAGUAUAGGCGUGGAUACACUUCAAAUCUUAAUGUUGUUUUAAAGUCUUUAUGUAUUGGAACCUGAUAGUCUCUUGAGCCCUUUGAAAUACUAUGUAUAAUUGUAUUGUGUUUUAACUUAUUGUUUAUUUAAUUGCUUUAUUGUAAAUUACCUUUAUAAUCACAAGUUCAGUAAAGCAUGAUAGAAAUGUCAA